CUGUUAUGCAAAUUCAAAUUAUGCGAAUUAAUGAUAGGCGAAAUAGAGGGCACCCACUUAAGUGAUCUACUUUAUUUUUUUUAUAUCUCGGUCCCUGCAAGUUAUCUGAGGUUGAUCCUAUACAACGAAUGAAUACUACAGUUAAGAACAAGAUAUGUCUAAUCCAUAUACACAGAUGGGACACCGCCCAUACAAAAGUGCCCAUUCUCCUUUGCAAAGUUCCCUACGAAAUACAAAACUUCUUCAGUUUUAAACUUUUAAAUGUUAAGUGCCGUACCUAAUGUAACUUCAGAUCUUUCUUACAGAAAAUGCUUUUUAGAUGGACAGCUUCUGAUCUGGAAACUAUGCUGGUAUUGGCUAAUGUUCGCCAGUUGGGUGGCGUCACUGUACAUAGCAAACACGAUGUUCUAUCUGCUCUGGCAGAGCAUUUUCGCCACGCUUGAUGAGCACAUGGUCCGCCCACUCAUGUUCCCAAUCUGGCUUCCCAAAGACGAUCCACACAGAACUCCGAACUAUGAAGUAUUCAUGACAUUCGAGAUAAUUCUGAUAUUCAUAGUGCUUUUUACAUUCGGACUGUACGUGUACAUACUGUUCCACCUCCUUCUGCACUACUACAACCUGAUGGACGUGAUCCUGAUCGCGCUGGACGAGUUAUUCGUCGGCUUGGACCCUUCGGCGGCUUCGCUGCCACGACAGGACCCGCGACGCGAGGCCGUGCAGUUGGAACUUAACGCCAGGGUGGGACGAAUCGCGCGCUGGCAUCUCUCCAUAUUCGAUUCAGUGGACACCAUAUCAUCAGUGUACGGGCCCACGUUGGUGUAUCAGGUGAUGUUUAGCUCCAUCGUUAUUUGUCUGAUGGCGUACCAAGUUUCAGAGCAACUGUCAGCUGGAAAGUUCGACUACUUAUUUGGAAUUUUAACCUUUGGCGCAUGCAUUCAGCUGUGGAUCCCGUGCUACAUCGGCACACUUUUACGAACUAAAGCACUGUCAUUGGCUGAUGCCUGCUUCUACUGCGGCUGGCAUCGAACACCAUUAGCCCUGCUGGUCCGCCACGACCUCACCAUCUUUAUCCUGCGCGCGCAGCAUCCUGUCGCUAUCAAGUUCACUGGUCUGCCUGAAUUGCAACUUGAGACUUUCUCUUCGAUAAUGAGUACAGCAUAUUCUUAUUUCAACAUGCUACGACAGUACAAUUCAGAGUGAAAUCGCUUUCAUUAAUGUUCGUUUUUAGAUUACAUUACAUUACAUGUAUUCGUGCUGAAUAAAAUAACAUUAGAAUAAAGUACUUAUAAGUUAAAUUUUUCAUAAAAGCUUCUUUCAUUCUGUCACUUUAUUACAGAACCAAAAAACCAGCCCUAAGGGUAUGUCCUUAAAGGCAAGGACAAAGGAAAAAUCGAAGGAUUUUAUUCUAAUUAUCUUAUUGCCAUUACCUUGAUUAUUCCAUUACAUAAUCUUCGCAAUAACGCCGUAAUUUCUAUUAAAUAGGGCCAUUAUGUUAGAAAGCUCG